CAACCUCUUCAAGUAGCUUUCUUGCUUUUCCACCAUCUCCUAUCCUCAAAAGUAGUUGCUUUUCUCUCUCUCUCUCUCUCAUCUUUUCUUUUCUGCUAUGGAUACUGCUCAGUGGCCACAGGCUAUUGGAGUCUCAAAACCUAGCAAUGGCGGCGGAGGAGAGAAGGAGAAGAAGCCGCGGCCGGAGAAGGAGCAAGCUCUGAACUGCCCCCGCUGCAACUCCACCAACACCAAAUUCUGCUACUACAACAACUACAGCCUCUCCCAGCCUCGCUACUUCUGCAAGACCUGCCGCCGCUACUGGACCGACGGCGGCUCCCUCCGCAACGUCCCCGUCGGCGGCGGCUCCCGCAAGACCAAGCGCCCCGAUCCGCCCCAAAUCCCUAAGAUCGGCGCCCUCAAUUUGGCCAAUCCCCUGCUGCUGCAUCAAACCCUAAGAAACCCUAAUUUCGACCCCAAUUUGCCGCUGAUGGAGCUGCUCAUGCCGCCGCCGCCGAUCCCCGCCGCCGGAUUUCCACCGCAGAUGGUUCCUUUUGAGGAAUUGAAGGCGGUUUCGAGUCACGGUGGGUUUGAGCCGGAGAGAGGAGGAGUGCAAGGUGAUCACAGCAAUGUCUACUGGUCUUGGUGAAGAUGAUGAAGAAAUUAUGAUAAAGUUUGAAUCUUUACUCUUAAUUAUUCCUUUUUUAUAUAUACUAUAUCAUAAUAUGUAUUUAAUGUAUGUAUGCAUUAAGUUUGUAUGAAAAUUUGAUUUGAAAAGACUAUGAUAUGAAUGAUGAGAAGCUAACCCUAAUUUGCUUGUUGA